UGUGACCGAUUCGAUUCUUAUUUUUAUUGUUUCGAUACGAUUUCGGUUCAGUCAUAAUUAUUUCAUUUAAAAUAUUAGUUUUGCAGAUAUUGAAUCCAACUUGAAACACGUUUAAGAAAUAAAACCGAUUUCAAAAUUCGACUUGAUUAGUGGCGCCAUCGUCCGGACGAGAGGCGAAAUACAGACAACGCGCAUCAACCCUCAUAUGGACCACCGAGACGGCGCCCCACUGCUCAACGUUACAGACAGUACAGAAACCCAGAAGAGCCGGUUAAGAUGGAGACACCUGUUGAAAGCCCCUCAACACAUGAAGUGCGUCUGGUCCUGCUGGGGAAAACAGGUGCAGGCAAAAGCGCGUCAGGAAACACAAUCUUGGGUGAGGAGCGUUUUGAAGCUGAAGUGAGCAUGGGAUCCGUCACCAGAGAAUGUAAGAGAGAGUCUGGAACAGUGGAGGGACGACGUCUUGUGCUGGUGGACACACCCGGUCUGUUUGACACAGAUCUCACAGACACAGAACUUCAGCGUGAACUCAUACACUGUCUCACUUUGUGUUCGCCCGGUCCUCACGUGUUUCUGCUCGUCAUACCGAUAGAGCGUUACACGUCAGAGCAACAGAGGACCGUGGAGAUGAUUCGAGAGAUGUUCCAGCAUGACAUCACCAAUCACACCAUCAUCGUCUUCUCACACGCAGAUGUUCUUCGGGGAAAAUCCAUCGAGGAGUUCAUUUCACGUCAAAAUCCAAAGAUUCAACAACUCGUGGAAAUGUUCGGAAAGCGUUACGUGGCUUUCGACAACAAAGAUCCAGAAAACCGAGAUCAGGUCUCAGGACUCCUGGAGAGAGUGGAUGAGCUGCUGCGUCAGAAUGACCACGAGCCCUUCAGUAAUCCUGUGACGCAGGUCGUGCUGAAGGCCCAGAGCAUCAUCAAUGACAGAAGAAUGAUGAAGAUUAAAGAAGAGGUGCAGAAAGAGGCCGAUGAUCUCUGGGCUGCGAUCACUGCAGACAUGAAAGAAGAAGCACAAGACUUGGAGAAGAUGAAGAAGUGUGUCGGAGGAAGGAUCGAACGCUUGGAGACUGAUAUAACAAGAGAAGAACAGAAUGUGAAACCCAUCCCAGAACGACUCAAGAGGAUGAGAGCAUCUCUGGAGACGGAGCAGAUGAACCUCAGAAGACUUAAGGAGGAAGAGAGAGAGAGAAAGAGUGAGAGAGAGAAGCGAGAGCAGAAUGAAAAGAAGAAUCUUGAUCUGUGGAUAACAGAAGAGAAGCAGAGGAGAGAGAGUCAAGAGGAGAAUAAUUCUGAUUAUUACACCAAAAUGAUUUAUUACCUCAGUCUCCUGAUGUUAGGAGUUGGGAUCAGUUCCUUUGCACCUCUGCUCCUGGCCUUCCUGUUCCCUGCUGCUCCAGCUGUGGUAGAAGUCGGGCUGGCAACAAAGAUUUUACUCCAAAUGCUCAGUUUAUUGGGAGAGGGUGGAGCUGUAAUUUUCCCGAUGGGUUUAAAGAUUGCAGCACUGACCCGGUGCACCAUUCAAUAAUAAUAAUAAUAAUAAUAAUACACAAUCCCUUUCUGCAUUAUCCUGUUCAUAUCUUUCCAACUAUAUGUUGGCACGUCAGAGCUGAUUGCGGAAAAAUGUUUGAGAAUUUUCAAUGUAUUCUUCUAUUGUCAUGCAUGGCCUAGAUAACAGCACUUAUACUGCAAAUAACAUAUGCAUUAUUCAUUGUUUACAAUACAUACACUAGAUUCAGAUGGUUAAAACUUUUAUUAGAUAAAUAUAUUCACAAACAUUCACACAAAUGUAGUUUUCUUAAUAAAGAGAGUCAUUCAAUCUCUGUGUGGGUUAAUGAAGUUAUUGUGUUUGUGUCGCAUGUGAAUGAAAAAUGUUUUUUUAUACGUGUUCAAAAUACUCA